GUGUAUAUGGCUACAUAUAUAUGGUAGGUUCGACUGUGUAGAGGGAUGGUUUUUCAGAGAUAAUAUUAUUGACCGUGGGCUCUCUUGCUCAUCACAUAGUAGUUUCGUUCAUAUCAAAUAGGGGAACCAUGUAAAUCUUGCAUUGUUAUUCAUUUAUGCAUGAUUUUCGUGGUAUGAUUGACAGCCUCGAGAACCUGCAUCGGUACUAACCUUUAACAAACCAACAACCUGCAACUUCCACAUGCGUUUGAACUCCAUCUUAGUCUGCUUCGAUAUACUUCACUUUUUCCUAUACAUGGGUGUAAUGUUGGAUCCAUCAAAAAAAUAAAGGUGUAUUGUUGGGUCAUUUAAAGAUGAGGGUACACGUACGCUCAAAACUGGGUGACUAGAAUAAUGAUAGAGUCAUGAAUUACACAUUCACUUUUUCGUAAAGAAUAUUAUCACCAUUUACCGUUGUAAAAGGUUUGGCUAAUAAUUAGUAUUUACCAAAAAAAUUAUAAAAAUUUUGUUCAAACGAUACAUCGUUUUAAAUGCACCCAAAAUAUUUAUGCAUUUGAGUAUCUUGGUUAACAAAUCUUUAUAGACUAUAUCCUUAAUGGGACGUGAUAAACCUUCACGGUAUGAUUUAUAAUUACAAAAUCGAACCAUCAUAGGUGAAUGUGUUAAGUAUUGAGAACUUUUCAUAUAAACAUAUUUCAAAUCACCUAUUAAGUGAGUGCAUAAAAGAUCUAGAAUAUUCAAAAGAUUUCAAACAUAUAGAUAAAUUAAUUGAUAUAAAUGAUAAAACAAAACUAUCCGACCAACCAAUCGGGUAAAAACUAGUUGACUUAACAAUUUAUCAAUUGUUACUAUGUUAACAUAUUACAUUUGUAACAAUUAAGGUAAGGGAUUUGUGAAUAGAGGAAUAGAUAUCAAAUAUAUAAAAAUUCUAUCUAUAAUGUAAUAGCACGGUCGGUUUGGAUAAUCUCGGGUUUAACCAUCAAAAUCCGCACCCAACCACAAUGCUAGGACCGUUUUGGAGAUAAAGAAUAUCAUUAAUUUAAAUUUAUUUUUAUAUAUUGUUGCUUUUAAUUAUGCUUUUAGGUAUUUUUGUUGAUUUAUUAAAUUCAUUUUAGUUGAUUGUUAAAACCAACAUGUCUUCAUCAAUUAGUUUUUUUAUAUGAUAUUCAUUUAAAUCGAUGAUAAUAGAUUUAUUAUUUCAUUUAUGGAUAAAAUAAUAAAUAUAUAAACCUUUUAUUUUACAAAAAAAUAAUUUAGGCUCACGCAAUUGCAAGUUAAUUGAAUUGAUGUAGGUAAAUGAAAUUAAAGUGAUAGUGGAUUGCAAAAAAUUUAAUUGGUAAUAAAGAGCACAAAUGCAAUUGCUCUAACAAUCUACAACAACAACAAAAAUUGACGUUAAAUAAAUUAGGUGGCUAAAUGUUGUCCUAAUUUUACUUUUAUCUUCCUAUUUUGAAACGUAAAAAAAUAAAAACCCUCCUAUAAUCUCUAAUCCUCCAAUACCAUAAACCACCUCCCCUCCAAAUAAUCCAUGUUGUCGUCCUCCUGCAAUUUGCAAUCGUUCCAUCUACUCCAUCGUUCUCUAUGACCAUUCUCCCCAAUUCAUCGGCGACACUAUCCACCCAACUGACUUCCUUCACAAUGGAGCAACCUCUACUCGGACAACAGGGUCGGCCCAUGAUAUUCGGAAUCCCUGUUCGAAAAUAAAAAAUGUGGCCCUAAAUUUUUCUCGCAAAUUUAUUAAAAUUAAAAAUUAUCAAACAAAAAUACACAGUUCAAAUUUUCUGUCUUUUUUACGCUUACAACUAACUACCUGAUUCCAAUUUUAUAAUCAACUCAAAUUAACUCAAAUACUUAAUGUAGGGGAAUUAGGGAAUUGAAUAAAUUAAUACGUUGAUUAGUAGGGAUAGACAUUAGUUAUAACUCGAUAUUUGCACAUAUUUUUGCCUGCUAUUCUUAUACUGUUUGAGACUCGAUUCUCAUGCUUUAACUCGAUUUCACGCUAGGUUCUUAUUGCAUGAUGUAUUUCAGGUCUUGGAGCAGCUAUGCAAGCUUGGGAGCGAGUUUCGGGUCAAAAGCACCAACUGGACGAGAGGAGGAGUUUUAAGGACCAAAAUCCCAGGUCAGCCACCAAAUACCCGACCGGGGAACUGUCUAGGGAUUUUCCUCGAUCUAGACCCCUUAAUCCCCGAUCUGGGAAUCCAACCUGUGACCAGGUUUUGUUGCUCGGCAACUUACCAUUGCUCUCCAUUUUGGGAGAAACUCGGCCUGUCAUCAAAAUACCAGACCGGGUAAUCAGGUCAUGGGUUCGAUACUCAAUCUGUUAAUAGCUAAACGCGUAAAAGAGAGAGGGAGAGCGGUGUUUUGGACACAAAACACCUAAGGGAUGAACCCUAGAAGGAGAGAGUGAUCAGAGGGCGAUCUUGGAGCUAAAUUGGAGGAUCUUCGCCUUGUAAACUCAAGGAACAAGCCUAGACAUGAAGAUUGAAGAUCUGGAAAGUUAUACUGUAUUCUCUAUUUUCUCUAUGAAGUAACUUCCCUUCACUUAGGUUUUGAGGAACCCUAGUUCCAUGUGUUAGGAUAUUUCUCGUUGAAACUUUGGAUUUUAUAUUGAAUGGUUUUAAUCAAUUGAGGCAUGAUUGUUGAGUCAAUUGAAUCCUGAUCACUUUCCUUUUAUUUAUGCUUUAACCUAUGAUAGAUAGAAUAUGAUUGGGUUAAGAGAGCUUUCUCAAUUGGUGGUAGGGAAUUAAUUGUAUGAGAGUCAAUCAAUUCACUGCUUUAUGCUGGAAUUCAUUCCACGUAGUGGAGAUUUAUGUGAAUUGCUUAGAAUUCUAUCCCGGCGAAGGUUAGUCACCUGUCGGGUAUUGUGUCUAAGAGGGCUUGGUCAACUUAAGAGAUUCCAAGCUAUUAUUGGAUCUUCCGCAGUUUAAUCAACAGUAAAACAACCAAAGGAAAUUACAAGACCUAACUGAGGAGCUAGGGGGAAUCAUACCUAAAUGAGUUCCCAACCUGUAAUUAGUAGUUUAGUUUAGUUAGUAGAGAAGUUUAGUAAAUCAAUCUUUAAUCUGGUUUGCUUUAUAAUGAACUGAAGCUGAGUAAUAGUAACUCUAUAGACCCGUGGAUUCGAUAUUUAUUACUUGUGUCACUAUACUGCAGCCCCUUUCAUUGGUUACACUUGGCCAUUGAUAGGAGUUGUGUUUUAGCGAGUCAAGUUUUUGGCGCCGUUGCCGAGGACUUUCUUGAUUAUUAGGAAAUGCAGAAGUUUGCUACUUUAACGUUUUUCUUUUCCACCCUUGAUUUUCACUUGGGUGUUUUGUUUUUGUUAGUGCAUAUCUGAAACAUGGAUUCUCAUGGCUUCUCCAACCAUUGGGGGUAUCCACCACCACCCGAGUGGUAUUACCCUGAGACUUCCUCGAGCAUUUGAGGAAAAGAAGGCUAUGGAUUCGGGUAUCGGUACCAACCCACUACUACGUAGAAAACCCAGACACUUGGGCACAUCAAGAACAAUCUCCUUAUCAUGAAGAAUUCCUCCCACAACCAGAGGGGCCAUCUGAGUUGGAGUUAGCCAUGACAGCCUUAAAGGGCCAUUCUGCAGAGCCGUGCUUUACUCUACGGGGAGAGCCGAAGAUUAAAUUGGAUUUUUUCAUGGAGCAGUGUGCUCGGGACUCCAAAAAAUAAUGCUCCAAGAUGGAUCCUCAGAUCCAGGCCAUUCCCCACAUUGAUUUCUCCUUUCCCAAUGAAACAAAGGAGACCCUCCGGAGCAUAAAGAAGCAUAUAGAACUCGUUGAGAAAGCUUGUGCGCAGUGUUCUCAAGACAACCUUGACUAUACCAUACAAUCAGCGAAUGAGGAAGAAGAAGCCAAUCAUGAGGAUGUUGAGGAGCAUAUAGAAGUUGGCACAGAGAGCUCACGUGAUAAUAAUGAUCAGGAAUGUCCUCUGAUGGCAUAUCACACCUUUCCCCAUUUCUGCUCUAAGAUGUCGGGCUCGAGCGACGAGAUGCAAGAUGAUCUCAUCAAAGAAAUUGUUGGCGACUUGCUCUCCAAUCCAUGCUGGAAAAAGAAGAGCGAGAAAGGACGAGGGAAGAAGUUGUGGAGGAUUAGGAAGAAAGCCAUGAUGAGGAGGUUCUUGAUCUUUUCCAAGGGGAGAGACCAUAUUCAGAAGAAGGAAGGGGGGUUGAAGAUGCAAUUAGCAUCCAGGCGGAGGAUAAAGUUGAGGUGGAAGAGGCUUCAUCGGCCAUGAGUUACAUGAACAUCUCCACCAAACUUCUAGGAGCUGUUAGGCAUGGACCCAUUUGUAGUGUCUCUUCGCCAGACCAAGGCCACACCAACAUUCAUCCCUCUUGGUGGAUCCGAUGAAGGUCAAUCAAUGUUUUCCUACAUAUUUUGGGGAAAUGAGACAUGAGAAGAGAGAAGAAGAGGUGUCGAGGGUGGAGACUUCAUCUGCAUCAAGUGCACGUGCCUACAUCACCUGAUACACCACAUGCUUGUUACUUGAGACUCCACCUUAUCGACGAGAACCUCAACUUCAAGGAGAUUUUGGGGUGAACAGAAACUUAGGAGCCAUCUUCUGGUUCCAGACGUGAAAGAAGCACUUAUUGGGAGGCAAGUAGGCUACCCAACCAAUCGGUUUGCAUUUCUUUCCCUAUUUCUCUUGGGUUGAUUCGGUUUUGUUCUUUGAUUUUAUUACUCAACCUUUGUGAGAUUUUGUGGUGUUUGUGUUGUGACUACUCUCUCCACCCGGAAUGCACCGCCUGCCCUAUCCACCAUCAUUCACACUUGAUCUGGUAACUUCGAUUGACUCUCCUUAUCUUUCCUCCAUUGAGGACAAUGUCGUGCUUAAGUGUGGGGCGAUGUUCCAUUAUGUUUGCUUGUGAAUGUUUGGUUGUGUUUGAAUGCUUGGAGCCUAGUCCAUUGUCCAAAUCUUCAAUUUAAGGGCUCCAAGUACGUGUUCCUUGCAAUCACCUGCUCAGUAUGCUUUGAAGUGAUAGUCUUUAUAGUAAUAUGCAACCUAAGGAGGUAGUGUAGCACUAUGGAGAAUCGUGUGGUAUCGAUGAAUCUCUCUCCCUCGUGGACUCAUGUAUCAUGUUUUGAAAAAGGUGUUAUAAAUUGUGCUUUUAAAAUAAUGUCUCCCGCGUGGAAAUCGGUGAAAGUGUGUGUAAGGGGAGACGGGAAUCCGUUUCCAACUUCCACCUACUACCUCCAGCUCCCUUACACCUCUUCCCCCGCACAAGACUUGAGACAUCUGCUUCCGGCAUGGCUGGUGAGCUGCUCCCGGCAUGGCCGAUAAGAGCUGGGCUCCCUCAAAACCUUUGCUAGGUGGGAGCCUCGUUUUAUGAAAAAUAAUAGGUUGGAACCCAUGGAAAAAGAAAGAAAAAAAAGAGAAACAAGAAAAUGAAAAAAGUGGGUUCCAACCAUCUUCAAAGAAAGAAUAGAGCACCUAAAAAGUUGAGUCCGUGAUUUUUUUGUUUUUGAGAGUCUCUUUAUCCACGAGUCAUUUGUCCUACGAUCACUACUUGGCAUGAUCCCGAUUCGUGACUAGAGUUCUAGUCGAAGAAGCUAGGAGGUUUCUUUUGUGUUGGUUGACCUCGUAAGCUGCUAAAUGAUCUAGGAAGUCAUAUACUGAUGAUAGGGGUUGCGUGUAGCAGUAAAGGUCUAGAGAGUUGCAUUUGUUUGAGUCAGGUUUGCUUGGGGACUAGCAAACAGUUAAGUGUGGGGGAAUUUGAUAACUCGGUAUUUGCACAUGUUUUUUUCCAUUAUUCUUAUACUUUUUGAGACUCCAUUCACGUGUUUUAAGAUGAUUUCACGCUAGGUUGUUCUUGCAUGAUGUAUUUCAGGUCUUGGAGCAGCUAUGCAGACUUGGGAGCGAGUUUCGGGUCAAAAGCACCAAAUGGAUGAGAGGAGGAGUUCGAGGACCAAAUCCCCUGUCACCCAUCAAAUACUCGACCUGGGAAAUGCUAUAAGAGAUUGGGGAACCCAUCAAGGGAUUUUCCUUGGUCUGGACCCAUUAAUCCCCGAUUGGGGGAAUCCAACCUGAGACCGGGUUUUGCUACCUCGGCAACUUACCGCUGCACUCCAUUUUGGGAGAAACUCGGCCUGUCAUCAAAAUACCCAACCGGGUAAUCAGGCUGGGGGUCGAUACUCAGGCUGUUAAUAGCCGAACGCAAGAAAGAGAGAGGGAGAGCGGGGUUUUGGACACAAAACACCUAAGGGAUGAACCUUAGAAAAAGAGAGUGAUUAGAGGGCGAUCUUGUAGCGUAAUUGGAGGACUUCUUCUCUUUGGAAGCUCGAGGAACAAGCCCAGACAUGAAGAUUGUAGAUCGUGAAAGUUAUAUUGUAUUCUCUCUCUUCUCUAUGAAGUAACUUCCCUUCACUUAGGUUUGAGUAACCCUAGUUCCAUGUGUUAGGAUCUUUCUUGUUUAAAACUUUGGAUGUUAUAGUGAAUGGUUUUAAUCAAUUGAGACAUGAUUGUUGAGUCAAUUGAAUUCUAAUCACUUUCCUUUGAUUUCUGGUUUAACCUAUGAUAGAUAGAAUCUGCUUGUACGAGAGUCAAUCAAUUCACUACUUUGUACUGGAUUUCGUUCCACGAGGUGAAGAUUUAUGUGAAUUGCUUAGCAUUCUAUACGGCGAAGGUUAGUCACCUGUCGGGUAUUGUGUCUAAGAGGGCUUAGUCAGCUUAAGAGAUUCUACGCUAUUAUCGAAUCUUUCGCAGUUUAAUCAGCAGUAAAAUGACCAAAGAAAAUUACAAGGACCUAAUUGAGGAGCUAGGGGGAAUCCCAACCUGUAAUUAGUAGUUUAGUUUAGUUUAGUUAGUAGAGUAGUUUAGUAAAUCAAUCAUUAAUCU